CGGCGCUCAGUCGCUUUCCUACAGCAGGGCAGGCGUGUUCGUGGACGCAACAGAAUCGACUACGAUGGCGGCCGGCAACGAAGCUCAGCACAGCACACCGGUGUACCUGGGCGCCCUGCUGGAUGACGGGGAGGGCGCCACCGUGACUCUGGCGGCGGGGGAGACGCGGCUGGUGGUGCACAGGGCAGUCCUCGUGGCCGGGAGCCCCGUGUUCGAAGCAAUGUUCCGCCACGACACGGCGGAGUCGCGCGGCGGCCUCGUCGACGUCGCAGACGUGGACGGGCCGGUGCUGAGGGAGCUGCUGACGUACCUGUACACCCUCCGCGCCCCGCAGCUGGCGAGCCUGGCCCCCCGCCUGCUCGUCGCCGCCGACAAGUACGGCGUGGCGAGCCUGAAGGCCCAGUGUGAGCAGCAGCUGGCCGCUGGGCUGACGGUGGACAACGCGGCGGCCACAGCUGUUCUCGCGGUGCGACACUGCUGCCCCGGCCUCCGGCAGACGGCCGUCUCCUACAUAAAGGGCCACACACACCGAGUGAUGGCGACGCAGGGCUGGGCUGACGCAGUGCGCACCCGGCCAGAAGACGUCGUCGAACUCAGCAGGUUGCUGGCGGAGACGCCACCGGAAUCCAGCUCGCCCGCCAGCCCCGGCCCCAGCGCCGCCACUCAGCCUCCCACCGGCGUGGCUGCCCGCCACACUCCGCCGCCUCCUGACGACGCAGCCGUCUCUCGCCUGCGGACCCUCUCUGAAGAGGAGAAAGGGAGGAGGCUGAUUGAGGCGGCCAAGCAGGGGGCGGCGGACCAACUGCACGAGUUACUGGUGGCAGGGGCGGACGUGAGGGUGAGGGAGGACAGCUGGACCGCCCUGCACUUCGCAGCCCAAGAGGGGCACGUGGCGGCGGCCAGCUGCCUCAUCAGUGCCGGCGCGGAGGUCGACGCCACGGCUGGCCGUAAUGUUUGGACGCCCCUGCACUUGGCUGCAUUGUAUGGCCGCGCUGGUGUGGUGCAGCUGCUGCUCGGCGCCUCUGCUGACCCCAAUGCCAGGGAUGGUCGGGGGCAGACGCCGCUGCACAGGGCGGCAGUGGGGGGCCACGCAGGUGCAGCGGAUGAGCUCCUGCGGGCGGGAUCCGACAGGGGGGCCACGGAUGUGUAUGGCAGGACCCCCCUGGACCUCGCCAGGGACUACAGAAAGCACGUGCUGGUGGAUAUGCUGAGUCAACGUUGACAUAAGGAAACACAAUUGAUUACAUCAUAUGUGUUGGUCUUUCAAAUAUAGAAUACAAAAAUCAA